UAGGAGUAGGUUUCGCCCUGCCCUGCUCCUCCUUUUAUACCCCCUCGUCUGUUUCUUGCGGUUCUGGGAGGAGAAGACAGCAGCGGCAGCAGGAGGUGGAGGAGCAGCGGGGCCAAGCAAAUGCGCGGCGCUGGAUUAUUUGGUGUAGCAAUAGCUCGAUAGAGUUCUAGGCUGAAGCAAACAAUGGAGAGGGAAAUGACUGCCUCAUAUGAGCCAAAACUGAAUAGUGAAAUACGGAUUUUUGAGAGUUCAGAUGAGAUAGUAACAGAUCUAGCUGAGUAUAUCUCCCAAGUUUCAGAAAUCUCUGUUAAAGAAAGGGGAUACUUCGCUAUUGCACUGUCUGGAGGGCCCCUUGUCAGUUUUUUGGGGAAACUCUGUGAAGCGCCAUACAACAAGACACUGGAUUGGUCUAAAUGGUACGUAUUCUGGUCUGAUGAACGUGCUGUAGCGAAGAACCAUGCAGACAGUAACUAUAAGUUAACAAAAGAAGGAUUUCUAUCGAAGGUACCUAUUCUGAGUGGCCAUGUCUACUCCAUAAACGACAACGCCACGGUGGAGGACGCAGCGACGGACUACGAAUUUGACAUCAGGCAGCUGGUCAAGGUCCGCACCGUAGGAGUCUCGGAGAGCACCGACUGCCCCAAGUUUGAUCUCAUCCUCCUUGGCAUGGGCUCCGACGGGCAUGUGGCCUCAUUGUUCCCCAACCACCAAGCCCUCGAACUGAAAGACGACUGGGUCACCUACAUCACGGACUCCCCACAGCCUCCACCCGAGAGGAUCACCUUCACCCUCCCUGUAAUAAACUCGGCAUCAAACAUAGCGAUCCUAGCGACGGGCAUCGACAAGGCAAACGCAGUGCAUUUAGCUGUGUCUGACAGCAGCGACGGCCCAGACGCCCUCACAUCCCUGCCUGCCAGGAUGGUCCAGCCAACGGACGGGAAGCUGGUGUGGUUUCUGGACAAGGCGGCCGCCUCAUCGCUCGAGGCGCUGUCGGACGACGCCUACGAGCAGCAGCAUCGUGAGUACUAACUCAGAACAGAGUGGAGAUCCUUUUGCUGUGAAAAGGUGUGUAAGUACGUAGGUGGUGAGUCAUAUGCUGGAAGAAGGUUAGCUCUCGAUCGACGCCUUUAGUCCUCUUCGUGUGUUAGUCCAAAGGAUGGUUCGUUCCAGGAAAUCGGAAGAACGUUUGGUUUUGGCGGACGGAGAUGGUUUUGUGCGGCAUUGACGACGUUUAUGCGGGGCGUUGUGGCCUCGGAGAUGAGAACAUUAAGACCUGAAUUAUGGCCGGUUAUGCUACUGUGAACCCAUUCUCUUCUAUCUACUAGCUAAGAUUAGAUUA